CUCAGUUGUUAACUAGAUUUACAACCUGUAAUGAGCCGUUUAAUUUAGAAUAGUAAGAGUGGAGUUUGUGAUUUUUUUGUUGGGACCUAAUAUUGUUUUGUGUUCUACCCUUAAGUGUAGUUCCUCCAGUAUUUCAGUUUAUGAGCAAGCUCAUAAAAGUUCAUCUAGAAUUACCGGCUUUGACACCAGAUGGAGAAGGAGUUGAUCUGCAGAGACUGCAACAUGCUGUUUCACUCCACCAGGCUACUCGAGAAACACAAAGUACUGCUGUGCAUUGGGAGUGAGGCAGGGCACCUUCGGGUGCAAAGACACAGCUCUGAACCUCGCAGGAGGAACAAAGCUGGAGGUGUGGACCCGAAACAGACAAGAACCCCCGACCUGGUGCAGCUGAGAGGUCAGCAGAGGAACAAGAGUAGGUGGAGAAAUGUUGAUGCAGAACCAAAGUCACCAAGAGUAGAAGACAAACCAGGGACGUGCCAGAGAGACAGUGCUGCUCUGCACAACCUCACUGAAGAGUUUCACAAGUUGAGGAUGUCAAUUGAAGAAAAUCUGCCAAAGUGGUCAAAAAGGACCAAUGAUUCCGAAGUUGGCUCCACAGUGAGUGGGAGUCAGCUGGGACACAGUGAGCGACUGAAAGAGAUGAGAGAAAUGGCAUCGGUCCAUGAACGCCACCUGGCCCUGAUACAUGCUCAAAACCAGCAGCUGGAGCAGCAGAGAGAUGAGUUGGCUCAUCAGGUUAGCAUCCUGGCUGAGCAGAGCAACACAACUCACAUGGAGAGUGUGCUGAUGGAGCUCAGAGAGCAGGAGGAGAGGAACGAGGAGACGCUGCAACAACUUACCGAACAUCUUUGUGCGUUACAUGUGCGAGAGGGCUGUGUACCUGCUGAUCAGUCAGAUCCGGACAAGAAUAAAAAGAUGCAUCAUGACAACUACAAGCUCCUUUUUUCUGUGGAAGGCCCUCUUUCUAGCCAGAUAAAAGCACUGCGACAGCUGUACAUGCAGUCAGGUGGGUCUGAUCCAGCCGUUGUGACAGAGCUGACAGACCUGCAGGCACAAGCCCAAAGCUUAGAGAAGGACCGACCAGCAGCAGCCUCCAAGGCCAGAAAAAAGAAUGUAAAGGCUUCACAUCCAAGUUGGGAACUGCUGGUUUUGGAGCAGGAAAACCAAAGACUGGAAGAGGAGAUCCUCAGGAUCCAGCUGGCCAGAGAGAGACACAGUGCUUAUGAAGCAGUGAAGACGGAGCUUGAGCUGAUUCAGAGGGAGAACCUCCACCAGAUUUGUAGUGUACAGGCUGAGAUAGAGAGAAGGAAAGAAGCUUACAGGCCCAGGAGACAACCUCCUCCAACUGCACUCCCACUCCAGCCUAAGAACCACAUUCAUGCACCUCUUUCACUGCUCCAGACCAGAUCCUUCUCAUCUGCACUGGGAGGAUGUGUUUUGGACUCCCCAGACUCUCUUGGUCCGGCCCCCUAUGACCCUGUCGCUGGCUUUGUUGUUUUCUAUGACGUGGUGUUGGGAGUGGAUGCCUCUCAGAAGGCCCUGCGUCUGGUCUCUGCUCUUUACUCAAAAGGUCAGGAAGUAGGACCAUCAACUCUGCUUCCCGCUGUCCAGUGCCUUCCAGGAGUGCCUUGUCCUUACCCGCACAGUCUCACCCCUGGAAACAAUGUCCUCCUGUCAGUCAAGCAGCAUGCACCCAGGAUUCAGCCAUCACCCUACCUCUCUCUGGUGGUGGAGCUGCAGGCAGCAAGAGAUCUGGAUGAUAAUAACCAUGAAGUCUUCAAACUGGCAUCUUACGGCUGGACACGACUCGAACUCUUUGAUCAGUACAACCAGCUCCGUAGUGGCCACUGGAGGGUGCCAGUGCGCAGUCUGCCUAUUAGACCCUCUGGAAGCAUUGCCCAGCUCAACUCCAUACCCCAGGUGGGCACCACUGAGCUGUGUGUACGUUUGGUCAACGGCCGAGAUGGAGAUGUGCACACUCUGGUGAAGCUUGAUCCUCACAACACCAGCCACUAUAAAUACCCACCCAUGAUGUCCUGUCUUCCUGCCUCGGUCCACAGUGAUGCUGCUCUGCCAGUUUCAGCUCCACAGCCCACUGGGGUGGAUCAAGUCUCCUCGCUGCUGCCCUGCACUGACCCCAAACCCCAAACCCCCAUCAUCCACAAAGACACAGUGGAACGACAACAUGUAGAAAACACUUCUGCAGCCAGGACGUAAAUUCUUACAAAGAUGAAGAAGGCAUUUACUUUACUUUCAGCUGAAAUACACAGCGGUCUACAGUAGAAGCCCAGUUAUGCUCUGAGACGAGUUACAGUAUAUUAGCAGUAUGUUGUUGGACAAAAGCACAGAAGUGGAACAACAUCCAGCAUUGACUUUUAGCAACAUUGUUUGUUUUCUGCUUCAAAGUCUCUCAGGCCUGUAGGGAUAUAUUAAAAUUUGUCAACAGUCAAAAGCUCAGAUUGUGACACCAAAAAAAUUAAAUAAAAAAUAAAUUGAAAAACAUAUUUAAGAUGGAACCUGUGAGUCGGACAGUGCAGGCUUACACCGUUUUUGCUUUUUGUUCGGUUUACCAUCUGUUAAGGUUGAAAAUCCAAUUAUAAAGUAAUAAUAAAAAAAAACUAACUGUACUAUAUAAAAUGAAUACCUGCAUAAGAAUCCAACUUAUUAUACCUUCAUCAAAAGGUCUUUGAAUAAAAUAUCAACUACCA